AUGCCGCCCGGACGACCCCCAGGCUCCCAUGGCGUGAACGGCGGCCUCCGAGUGCGCGACAUUCUGUUCCUCUCCCUCCUCGCGCCCAUUGCCGCGGCCGCUCUGCAGAAGCAGCCGCAGUACUACAAUCACCCCAACAAUGGCGACCUCGUCAAUACGGCGUCGCAGCAAUGGGACACCAUCCACACGGCUGUAAGCGACAGCAGCAAUUAUCACAACCAACACAUCAACCAAAAUAAGAACACCAACACAAACAACAAUGACAACAAUGCGCGGAAUUCCCGUUCCAACCAGCGCGCCCUUGCGACUGUGUCUCCAGCCGAGAACAACAACCCGGCUGUUCGRGCACCUCCUGCACCGUGGACGUCGGCCACCAGCGCCGGCCUCACUUCGCGACAACCGGCGCGGUCUUUGCAGGACUGGCAAGUCGAGGACAUUAUGCUCCUGGCGACUGUAGACGGGAAACUCCACGCCCGCGACCGCAAAACCGGCGCUCCGAAAUGGGUCCUGGAGACCGAUCAAGAGAUGGUGGAGACGGUGCGGCAUCGCAGUAACAAGACGCGGAACAAUGAUGGCGUCGAACAGGAAGAUCCCAUCUUCAUCGUGGAACCCAGUCAAGACGGCAUCGUCUACAUUCAGGCCCCGGGAUUCCGCCUGCAGAGGCUGGGGUAUACUGUCAAGCAAUUGGCGGACAUGUCGCCUUAUGCUGGCGAGGGCUAUCCAUCAGUCGCCUACACUGCGGAGAAGAAGAACACAAUGUACACGGUGGAUGUCGCGACGGGCCAUAUCCUCCAGACCUUUAGCUCCGCUGGGUCAAUCGUCAAUCCAGAUGACAGGAGCUGCCGCAGGGUUGAUCCGCUGGGCGCCUUGGACGACGAUGCCUGCGAAGCGCGUGGGACCCUCACCUUGGGGCGUACUGAGUACACAAUCGGCAUUCAAGACCGGAACACGGGAGAACCGAUCAACACCGUCAGGUACUUUGAAUGGGGCCCAAACAACCGGGAUCUUGAUCUCCGCAGCAAGUACACCCAGACCAUGGACAAGAGAUAUGUUUAUUCCAAACAUGACGGAAAGAUAUUGGGUGUCGACUUGAACAAAGGCACCAAAUACAAGCCGGUGCCUGACAAACMGAGCUACGUCCAGACCUUCUCCUCCCCAGUUGUGAGAGUCUUUGACAUUGUCCGUCCGAAUGGUGACCUCUCCAGCGACACGUCCCUGGUGAUAUUACCUCAACCCGCCGGACCACCACCAAACGAGCUCACUCCGCUGGAGGAUGAGGACAGCGUCUUUGUCAACCGGACUGAAGCGGGCAGCUGGUACGCGCUUUCAGAAGCAAUGUAUCCUUCCAUCACGGAUCGAGCACCUGAUGCCAGUAGCGUGUGCAACAUUGAUUGUUUUGCAAACAACAAAUUCAUGGGUGUGCAUCAUUUGUCGCCCCUCGAGCCUGACGAGUCCGGGACUCGCCUUGUUGAUGGUCGAAAUGUUUUGACGAUCGAUUCUCCUCCGACCGAUCAACUUACAGGAGAUGUCAACGUCGAGCCCUUCUUCCCGCCAGAGGUUCGUGCAGAGAAUAACAUUACAAUGUGGUCUAUCUUGGUCAUGCUUCUUCUCGGCUCCCUUGGCUGCGGUUUCGUGUACAAACAGCAUGGACUGGAGGGGUUUAGAAUCAGGCAGCCAGCAAGAUCCGACGUGGUCGUUCCUGUUGCCGAAACCCUCGACUCUGUCAUUGGUGUUGAAACUCAUCCUCCAGAAACCACAAUGAUUCGCGAGGGAGAACCUGCAAAGGAAACCAUAUUCCCUCAAGAAGACAAGGUUACGCAGGUCCGGUUCGAAGAGCCUAGCAAGGAUUCGGAUCCGGACGAGUCUCCCGAGCCCGAUGCUGCGAGUGAGGAAUCUCUCGCAAAGGAGAUGGGCGAGAAGACUCCAAAGAAGCGAGCCACACGAGGGAAACGAGCUGGCCGAAAGCAAAAGGAGAAAGAGCUGGCGAAUAUUGAAGCCCGAGCGAAGAAAAUGGGAACCCCGGUGCCGCCGUCCACGCAACCCACGCAGACGACUCCGCCCGGUCCGGUCGCGCGGCCGGCGGAGAUCAUCAGCGUCGCCGCUUCUGAGAGCCCUCAAGUCUCUGGUCCCCUUCAGAUCAACAGUCUAGUCAUCCACACCGACAAGGUCAUUGGUCAAGGUAGCUGCGGUACGAUUGUGUUUGAGGGCUCUUUCGAAGGACGUAACGUCGCUGUCAAGCGCAUGUUAUCACAGUACUACGAACUGGCAUCACAAGAGGUUUCAUUCUUGCAACAGAGCGACGAUCACGCGAACGUGGUUCGUUACUUUUGCCAGCAGAAGGAUGAUCACUUCCUCUACAUUGCCGUAGAGCUAUGCCAGGCCAGUCUGUUCGAAGUCUGGGAGGCAGAUAAGGCCAAGACGGAAGAGAGACAUCAGCAAAUGCAAACGCUCAAGCUCGCCAUCCAGCAAGAUAUGACGCGGACUCUACAGCAGUUGGCUGCUGGUCUAUGCCAUCUCCACAAUCUUCGCAUCAUCCAUCGCGACAUCAAACCACAGAACAUCCUUGUUGCCUUUCCCAAACGAACUCAGCCAAACGGGACACGGUUGGUCAUCUCUGACUUUGGACUUGGAAAGAACUUGCCAGAAAACGUCAGCACACUUGUCGAUCCUACUGGCAAUGCGGGUACUUCGGGAUGGAAGGCUCCUGAGCUCAUAUCUCAACCGAGAGAGAAUGAAGGUCGACACAGCCAGACCACCCCAACCAACAGCGACAGUGGGGUURCGGUUGGCGGAGUCAGUGGGGUCAAGCGCGCCGCCGACAUCUUCUCGCUUGGAUGUCUCUUCUUCUGGGUCCUCACUGAUGGGGUGCAUCCGUUUGAAGAUGAGAAUGGCUGGCAGCAGCUACGUGAACUCAACAUCAAGCGCGAUAAGAAGAACAUGGAUGCUCUGUCGAGGUGGAGCGAUGCGUACGAGCCAAUGCAGCUGAUCAGUUCCAUGCUCGAGUAUCUGCCCGAGCAUCGUCCAACCGCACAGGCCGUCCUCAACCAUCCCUACUUCUGGCCUGCUGAAAAACGUCUAGCAUUCCUCUGCGACGUUUCCGAUCACUUUGAGCGCGAGCCACGCGGGACCUAUGAUGAUGGUUAUGCUGGCGACUCACCCACGCUCUGUGCACUCGAGAAUCGCGCCGAGGAGGUUAUUGGCGCUCCAUUUGACCGUGCUGAUUUCCUUUCGAAGCUCGAUCGUCACUUUGUGGAUACGCUUGGUAAACAGAGAAAGUACAGCGGUAAUCGUCUGCUGGAUCUGUUGAGAGCGCUGCGGAAUAAGAAGAACCAUUAUGAGGAUAUGCCACCUAAUGUUAAGAAGCUGGUCGGGCCACUGGCGGGUGGUUAUCUGAGCUACUGGUGCCAUCGUUUCCCGAGGUUAUUGAUGGCUUGUUAUGAGGUCGUUCAUAAUGAGAAGCUAGUAGGGAAUGAUAGGUUCAAGGGGUACUUUGGGUUGGGGAAAGAGUGA